AUGGCCAAGGUCGGCCAUCGGCUAUGCGGUUUUUGCCGAGGAUUUCGCACAUCCAACAUCUUACCGUUCUUAGUGCAUACAUACAGCCAAGGACAGCGUGCAACAGCCAAGGACCUGCCAAGGACAGCGACUUACAGCGCCCGGAAGGUCGGUGUAGUUAACCCCCAAUCUUCGGGGAUUGAACUACGACAUGCAUGCAGGAAUAGCCAUGAGCAAGCCAGCUAUGAUGACAGCUCCCGCAGUGCCACGCCUGUUGGUCUCGGUCUACAAGGCUCCCUUUCUACCAUGACCACGGGAAAACAGAUGCAGAUGCAGGCCAUGCUGUUCAGCUCCUCGGAGCUGUUCCCCUUCCAGAGAAAGAGAGCCCUGACAGUCUGGCGGUCUUACAGCCCCCUUGACCCUGCGGAAGAAGGAUAUCUAGCUCCCCUCACUCUGUACUAG